UAAUUAAAGACAUUUGGAAAAUAAUAUUCAAACGAAGACAUUUCUUAUGUCAUGUUUGUAAUUAGUUGUAAAUUUGUAAUCUCAUGUUUCUGUAUUUGUUUUUGUUUCUUUGUAUGUGUGUUUCAGGCUGUUUCCAUAGUCAACUAAUAAGAUACAAAAAGUCAAUAAUCUUUAUCUCUCAAUAUACAAUUACAUAGAAACCAGAUCAAAACUCUUGUCUUCGAAAGCCAUACAUCUAGAACAACAGUUUCAUCAUCAUCAUCAUCAUCAUCGUAAGAAGAUGGAGGAAGUCCAGAACCAUGUAUUCGAAGAAGCAGCAGAAGGAUCGACAACGGAGAAAGUCUACAUAGCUGUAGGAAGCGAUAUACAAGAAGGUUUCAAAACAAUCGAUUGGGCAUUAAAGAAAUGGCACAACACACCAAUCUCCAUUGUUCUUCUCCAUUUCUGCAACAUUUUACAAGAUUUCGUCUACACCCCUUUUGGAAAGCUUCCAGCGAGUUCUGUCAGCGAGGAGAAGCUUGAAGUACUCAGGAAAUACGAGGACCAAAAGAUCAACAAGUUGUUGUCCAAAUACGUUACUUUUUGUGGAAAGUUACAGGUGAAAGCAGAGUUACUCAAGGUUGAGAAUCAAGAUGAUUUUAUACCAACGCUAAUCUUAGAUUUGAUCUCAAAGCUCAAGAUCACAAAACUAGUCAUGGGAAUCACUUUCAUGAGAUCUUCAUCAUCUUCUUCAUCAUGGAAAUCAAAGAGUGCUAUAAGCGGAUCGUUCUAUGUAUACCAAAACAAACCAGAUUUUUGCGAGUUUUACAUAAUCUGUGGAGGCAAGAUGGUUAUGCUAAAGAGGGAGAACGAUGCGAACAACAAUAUGAGAAGCUGGAUUGGUAAGAUGUUUCAUGAUCCUGGAAGGAGUCUAGACCUUUCAUCAAGCAGCAAUGAUGAUUCAACGGGUAGUGGAAGUCCAUGGGAUAAGAAUUUGCAGGAGAUGGAGAGUUAUUUCCAGCAGUUAUUGAGUUUGAAUCUUGAAGAAGAUGAUGUGGAAGAAACAGAAGAAGAUGAUGAUGAGGAGGAGGGGGUGGCACUAAACGUGCUGCAACAUAUGAAUGUAGCAGAGAAGCUGGAGUAUGUGAGAAGAAAAGUAAAUGAAGCUAAGCUGAUGAUAGAGGAGAACAUGAGAGAAGUCAAAGUCAACUGUGAGAGAUCAGACAAAGCUGAAUGGGCAAUCUCUUUAUGUACUUGCAGAAUUGAAGAGCUUGAAGGUGGGAUAAAACAAGAAAGCGAGAGACGAGAGAAGCUUCAAGUGACGUUAGAUUCUGAUAAAGAAUGCAUCCAAGAAGCAAAGAACGACGUCGAAAAAGGCAAAACAAAGCUAGUUUCCCUUGGGGGGAUUAAAGAAGAGCUCUCAAGCAAGGCUAAGACAAUGACGGAGGCUAAAUCACAGGCAGAAGCUGAGCUAGAGAGCGUCGUGUUAAAGAAAGGAGAGAUGGUAAUGGAGAUUGAGAAACUUAGGAACCAAAGAGAUAUCUUCAACCUUAGGAUUGAGUUUUGCAAAGAGAAAGAGGCCACAGGGUUGGACUCAAAGGAAGAAGUGAAGUGUGGGUAUAGAGAGUAUGUUGCAGAUGAUAUCAAGUUAGCCACAGAGAGUUACUCUGAUCGUUUGAGGUUAAAAUCUGGUGGUAACUGGACGAAUGUGUACCGAGGGAGGAUCAAACACACAACAAUGGCUGUGAAAGUGAUUGGUGACACUUUAUCAGAUGAAGUUUUUAAAGCAAAAGUUAAGCUUUUGAAUGAGAUUAGACAUCCUAACUUGGUAGCCAUUGCUGGGUUCUGUCCAGAGAAGCCUAAAUGCAUACUCUUUGAGUAUAUGCACAAUGGAAACUUGAGGGACAAUCUAUUCACAUCACUGAGGAAAUCAAGAAGAAGCAAGAUACUAACAUGGCUUGAUAGGAUACGCAUAGCUCACCAGGUUUGCUCCGGACUCGGUUUUCUCCACUCGGUUAAGCCUAAACCGAUCGUCCACGGUCGUCUUACGCCUUCCAAGAUCCUCUUGGACCGUAACCUUGUACCGAAAAUAACCGGGUUUGGAGUUUUAAUGCAUCAGACUGAUACAAAACCUGAUGUGUUGGCGUUUGGGGUUUUGCUUCUGCAUCUACUAACCGGGAGGAACUGGCCCGGUUUGCUUAAGGCGAUGUCGAUGAACCAGGCGAGCAUUCUAAGAGAUUUGGACCAAACAGCUGGUAAGUGGCCGUUGGAGUUAGCUAAGGAGUUUGGUGGACUUGCGGUGAAGUGUGCUUCAGUUAACAGAGGAGUGAACAUUGAUUUUACAACUAAAGAGAUAAUGCAAGAGCUUGGUAAGAUCAUGGAGAAAGCUAAUGAGUUUAGAAUCACAGGAGGGUAUGAGGAAGCAACUAACUCAAACAUCAAUGAAGCAGAUCCAAAUGACAUCAUACCAAGUGUUUUCAUCUGUCCUAUACUUCAGGAAGUGAUGAAGAACCCACAUGUAGCAGCAGAUGGGUUUUCGUAUGAGCUUGAGGCUAUAGAGGAGUGGCUAAGCAUGGGACAUGACACAUCUCCUAUGACGAAUCUUAGCCUGGAUCAUCAAGUUCUAACACCGAACCAUACUCUUCGUGCUCUCAUUCAAGACUGGCAUAGUAAAAAAGCAGCACAAGCUUCCUCCUAAAUUUCUCUUGUAUAUACAUACACACACAACUCAAAAAAUGUUUCUACUUUUUGUAUUUUGAUUCAAAUAUUACACUAUAAAAGCCACAGAAUAUAGUAAUCAGAAACAAGGAUCAAAACACAAACAAAGGAACAGAGAGGAAGAAGAAGAUCGCGAUAUUA